AUUAAGUUUUUUUUAGGGCGCAUUUUGCACCCCCGAAGAAAGUAUGCCAGCGAUAAUUGACGUCAACACUUUUUCUAUCAUUUUCUGCAUGACCGUAUGUAAAACUGGUGCACUUACAAUGUCCUAGAGGAUAACUGCUGUAAUUUUAAUAACAACAUGGUAGUAGCCAUAGAAAUGGGCAGGGGGUGCAGAACGCACCCCAAGGAACCAUUGAGGGUUAAAGAUUUCUGGAAAAAUCUACAAUUAAUAUCAAUUAAUUAAUCUAUUAACUAUAUAACAAUAAUUAGUGUCAGUGCCAAUGUUUAUCUCUCAGGCGAGGAUAAGUAUCAAGACACAGCGAUGACAACCAACUAUGGAUGCUCGUCUUAUGAGGCAACUUUCCUGCACAACCCCGCGGUCACACCAGCCGUUUGCGUGCCAAACACUGACGCACCCCUAAUGUUUUCGGUGUUGCCGUACUUACAAACGGCAUCAGACCCUCAGCAAAGCAACUCGGUGUCCAGCCAUUAUGCCUGGAUCCAGGCGGGUACCAACACCAUCGCACCGCCUCGUGAGAAAAGUCCGCAACACUCACCUCGCUUCGCCUUUCCGGCUUGUUCUGUCACCUCUGGACCUAAGGAUGCAACAUACAUGUACAGUCAACGACAUACUAAUUUAAUUAACGUCACAAACAACGGCAAUGCAAAAAACAACAGGGAUCCUGCAGCUAACGUUGCUUGGAGCCAUGAUCAUGGAUUAUUUGGAGAAUCUUACCAUACUGUAUACCCAUCGUAUGUGAAUUCCAGGACUGGGACCUCCUGGUCCGCACCUACCUACGACGCCACAGUAAUGAACAGCCUACCCUCCUCUGCGGGACCCGAGAGCGCGACGAGACACUUCAGUUUAGAUGGGCGUGAAUGUGUGAACUGUGGGGCCAUGUCCACCCCCCUGUGGCGUCGCGAUGGGACGGGACAUUACCUAUGCAAUGCCUUUGGCCUCUACCACAAGAUAAACGGCAUCAACCAGCCCCUCACCAAGCCUCAGAGGCUCCCGGCUGCCUCACGGAGAACAGGACUCUUCUGCACUAACUGCCAUACCAGCAUGACCACACUGUGGCGCCGCAGUGCUGAGGGGAACACUGUCUGCAAUGCUUGUGGCCUCUACACAAAGCUCCAUGGGGUCCCACGACCCUUGGCUAUGAGAAAGGAUGGGAUUCAGACCCGAAAGCGCAAACCAAAAAGCUUUGCCAAAGUAAAACAACAGAUUCCUGACACUGAAACCCAGGCAACCACCGNACGG